ACACUUUAUUUGCAGGCCACAGACCGGAUUGAAUACUUGUAUUCUCGCGACUGGCUUCCGCUGGCGUCUACAGUAUUUCAGAUUAAGUGCGUUCUUUGGCCCCCAGCUUCCUUGUCCUUGACGUCUAUCUGUCCGGAUCUCUACCACUUCAAUUACGACUGAACUCUCUCCACUGUUUUCAACUAACCGCAAAUCCUACGCUCUAGGUACCAUCGUUACGGCACAGCCAGUCUAGAGUCGAACCAAAGGUAGCAACCGCAUGAUCGUCGAUCAAUUGAAUUGAAGCCAUGCCGGCCAAAUCACGGUUCACAAGGCUAGACGCCUUCGCCAAAACUGUCGACGAGGCGCGCAUUCGCACCACAUCUGGAGGAAUCAUCACAAUCGCCUCGCUUCUUAUUGUAUUUUGGCUUGUUUGGGGAGAAUGGGCGGACUACCGACGUGUGGUGGUCAUGCCCGAGCUGGUCGUCGAUAAGUCAAGAGGAGAGAAGAUGGAGAUUCAUCUGAACGUUACAUUCCCCCGACUCCCCUGCGAACUUACGACACUAGAUGUUAUGGACGUCUCGGGCGAACAGCAGGUCGGUGUUGCGCACGGCGUGAACAAAGUCCGCCUUGCCUCCGUUGCUGACGGUGGCCGUGUCCUCGAUAUCCAAUCUUUGGAGCUCCACUCCGAAGAAGCAAAACACCUCGACCCCGAGUACUGCGGCGAGUGCGGCGGGGCACCAGCUCCUCCCAAUGCCAUCAAGUCCGGUUGCUGCAACACUUGCGAGGAAGUCCGAGAAGCAUACGCGCAAAAACAAUGGGCCUUCGGCAAAGGCGCCAACAUUGAACAAUGCGAGCGCGAACACUACGGAGAGCGCAUCGAAGCCCAGCGCCGCGAAGGAUGCCGUCUUGAAGGUGUCAUCCGCGUCAACAAGGUUGUCGGCAACUUCCACAUCGCACCUGGCCGCAGCUUCUCCAGCGGAAACAUGCACGUCCACGAUAUCGCAAACUACCUUGAGGUCGACCUCCCCACAGCCGAACAACACACAAUGUCGCAUAUCAUCCACCAACUCCGCUUCGGACCCCAGCUCCCCGACGAGCUCUCCGACCGCUGGCAAUGGACCGACCACCACCACACCAACCCGUUGGACAGCACAAACCAGGAUGCCGGCGAACCAGCCUUCAGCUUCAUGUACUUCAUCAAAGUCGUCUCAACCUCCUACCUCCCCCUCGGCUGGGACCCUCUAUUCUCAUCCUCCUUCCACAGCUUAGACUCCGACACCCCGCUAGGCGCACACGGCGUGAGUGGCGGGUCCCAAGGCAGCAUUGAAACACACCAGUACUCCGUAACCUCGCACAAGCGCUCUCUGCGCGGCGGAGACGCCUCAGACGAGGGCCACAAGGAGCGCCUCCACGCCGCCAACGGUAUCCCCGGCGUCUUCUUCAACUACGACAUUUCCCCGAUGAAGGUCAUCAACCGCGAAGCGAGACCGAAGACCUUCACCGGUUUCUUAACAGGGGUUUGCGCUAUCAUCGGUGGUACCCUCACUGUCGCGGCUGCGGUCGACCGUACGCUCUACGAAGGUGUCAACAGAGUGAGGAAGUUGCACUCAAACUAAAUCAAUACAGUACCUAGAUAAGAUCUCCCUCCGGAGCGGCUCGAAUCAGUGGAGUCACCUGUACAGAGCCAGCUUCUUGAAGUGCGCACGAGAAAAUCAAAUAAGAAACAAAGAAAAAUAACAAACAACAGUGAGCUAACUAUGUAGACGAGGUGGUGUUAGGCUUGAGCCAGGAAGGAAGUCGGGAAGUCAGUCAGCACUAAAGGCGUUUUUCGGACCAAGUAUCUAUGCUAUGCUCCUUUUAUUUUACUUUAUUUUUUUUUUCCUGUACAUCUGCAAGCUGUUUGUGUCUAUUUAGCAAAUAUAUCAUUGAUUUCAACUGUCGUUGGCUCUUAUAUGGCUACUUCUUUGGUACUAGAUACCCAUACAUUGGACAGACGUAUAUAACACACACCUUCAUUAAUUGGUGUAUGCAGCGCCGCUUGCGAGCAGUCAUUAAAGCAGA